AUGGUCUUUCUAACACAUAUAGUGAUGCAAAGGACUGCACUCUUUGUGACGUUUGGAGGUCUGGUCACUUCUCUGAUCACCACCUUCCUUCCACUGUGGAAGACGAUGAACUCUGACCUGAACGAAGUGGAGAACUGGUUCUCUGGACUCUGGCACACCUGCCUCUACACAGAGGAGGUAGGAGUUCAGUGUAAGGCGUAUGAGUCCAUCAUGGGGCUGCCGAUGGACCUGCAGAUCUCCAGGGUGCUCAUGUUAGUGUCUGUAGGCACUGGAGGUUCAGCUCUGCUGGCUGCCGUCCCAGGUCUGGAGGGGGUUGGGAUGUGUGUGGGGCAGCCUGGCCUGAAGAGACGGCUCCUCAUCCUCGGCGGGGUGCUGUCCUGGGUGUCGGGGCUCACCACUCUGGCUCCCGUCUCUCUUGUGGCCUACACAACUGUGGUGGACUUCUGGGACGAGGGUUUCCCUGAUGUGAUGCCUCGCUGGGAGUAUGGAGAGGCGAUGUUCUCUGGAUGGUUUGGAGGUUUGGCUCUGGUCAUCGGAGGGACUCUGUUCUUUGUCGCUGUGUGCAUGGGGGACUACGACCAGAGGCCAGCAAGUGUGCCAAACAGCCCGCAUGCGAAGCACAGGACAAAGCACUACCUGAAGACAGAGGUUUUAUAG